AUGGGCAGGAAGAAGAUCAAGCUUGCCUUGAUCCCUAACGAGGCAGAAAGGAGAAAUACUUUCUACGGAAGAAAGAAUGAUAUAAUGAAGAAGCUACGUGAACUUAGCACGUUAUGUGAUGUUCAGACGUUUGCUAUCAUUUACAGUCCCUAUCAACAAAAACCUAUCGUUUGGCCCACUGAUCCACUGGAUGCAGAAAGAGUGCUUAAUAUGUUCAAGAGCAUGCCUUCAUUCGAACAAGGAAAGAAGAUGUUGAGCCAGGUAGGGUAUCUCCAAGAAAGGAUCAACAAAGGAAAGGAUCAAUUGAGGAAGCUUCAAAUGGAGAACAGAAAGAAGGAGAUGAUGAGGCUUAUGUACGAGUGUUUGAAGGGUAAGGAUCUGAAUGAUCUUACCAUGCUUGAUUUAACUGAUUUAACUAAAGUGGUUGAUGAAAAGAUAAAGGCCAUAGCAAAAAGGAUUGAAGCACUUAAGCAAACUCAAUCAGAGAUUGGGACUUCAACGAACAUCGCCGGAGCGUCAAGCCCAGUUGAUGAUAGUAUGGAUUUGCAGGUGGCUGUGGAUGCUUUACAAGAGCUACCAUAUGUGAAUCUAGAUGAAGCUAUGCCUUGCUUUGGCAACGAAGUUGUGGCACCAUAUGUGGACAAUAAUGCAUGGACUGCUCCUUUCUGUCCUUAA